AUGGCUCACGUUACCAGCGAUCAGGUCAGGGAGGUGGCACAUGGACUGAUCGAGUUUGUUCUCCCAACCGAAGCUGCCAAGAACUGGGUUCUCCAACGCACUCCUUGGGUGAUUAUGGAUAAAAUCCUUCACUUGCGUUCCUGGACACCGAACAUUACGGCUCGAACCUUUGAGGAGAUGGCUACUGCCCCAUUUCGUGUCCAGAUGUGGGAUGUGCAAGAAGAGUGCUGCACCCAACUGUUUGGACGAAAAGUGGCGACUUCCACUCUUGGCAGAGUUCUCGAAUCUGGCAUCUUCUCUUGCACGGACACUGCUAGUACGUUCAUCAAGGUUAAAACCCUCAUUGAUUUCUCUAAGCCACUACGAUCCCAAAUCUGGGCGUCUAAUGAGGAGACAGGCUCUUUCUCGAUCGGGUUCAAGUAUGAACACCUCCCCAGUUUCUGCUACAAUUGCGGUCGUGUCGGCCACUUUCGCCAGAGUUGUGUGUUCGACUCGCCAUCAAGGAAGGAGAGGUUUGGUCCCCACAUGACUACCAAAAAAAUGGGGAGAAAUAUUUUUGAUGAGGAUGACCACAACCAAGGCUUUUCUGGUCACCCUAACUCGGUAUGGAUCAAUUCGAAUGCCAGACAAAUGCCGGAAAGGGAAGCACGCCCGGAGCCUCGCACAGGAACAUUGGUGCGGCGAGCUCCUCCCACUGCCAAGAAGCUGGUUGUGGACAAGAGUCCAUUGUGGAUGGGGUCUUCGGAGAACCCAUUCGCCAAGACAGAGCCUGCUGCGAUGCGAGCCAAGCAGGGGAGAAGCCCUCGCCAAUUCCCGACCCCGAAAGCUGCCAAAGUCCCCUUUGGGAGACCAAAUCGGCGGGGUAGGGGUCAGGUUGCGCAAGGGGGCAGUCCAAUGGAGAUUGAUGAGUGCACUAAGGAGCGCCAGGAUUCUGCCUCGCUCCCGCGUCGCCGUGGCAGAAAUGUGAAAUCCUUGCGGGCUGAAAAACAGGUGGGUCCUGCGGUUACUAGGAGGCAGCAGGGGAGACAACCCGCAGCACACGGACCGAUUCCUCCGGCGGGCAAUUCAUCGCGGGCAGGAGCUCUGGAGGAGACUCGCCGCCGGCGCCUCAUCCUAGAAGAAGAGUCGGAAGACGAUUUUGCUGUCCAGCCCAUCCCUUCUAUUGGGCAGGAGGGUCCUCGGCCGCCGCUGAUUCCGGCUGAUCCUUAUAAUUCUCAGGGAGGUCACAAAAUGCAACCCUUGACCAGACGAAAAGGCAAGGAAUCUAGGGGGUCUGAUUGUCCGUCCCCUAAAGGAAAGUUUGGGCUGACCCAUCCGCCCAUGGCUUCUAAGCCUGCGGCCAGGAGGAAUAACAAAGAGGAGAAGAAAGCUGCUCGGGCCUGUUCGCUUAAGCCCAAAGCCGGGUCCAUUGUGGAAGCCCAGGAUGUACAGCCGGAGCCUGCAAAUUGGGAGUCCAGGGGUAAAAAAGGGGGCCUACCGCCAUCUCCAAAGGCCGGCCCAAUUUUGCCUGAGCCCAAUACAGACCCUCUGGAUUCGGAGGCUACCUUCUCGGAGGAUGAAGCCCAGAAUUUUGAGCUUAGGCGCCGAGUUCCUUCGGGAUCCGGGGUUCUAAAAAGGCUGGUGAAAUCGUCUAGGGUCAGUAAAGUGGUCCGGGCUUUUGAACGUGGAUUGGCUAUGGAGGAUAAGGAGGAGGUUGCUGAUUUGGUUCAGCCCCAAGCCCGGCCAAAUGCGGAGAUCAUUACUGCGACUGAUGAGACCCCACUGGACGAAUAUGGAACCAAUCUCCCUGAACUGGGAACUGGGAUGAAAAAACGGCAUUUUGACGAGAUUGAUGGGGUGUUUGUGGAAAAUCCAACCCCCAAAAAACAAUUCGUGGAGGAUAGAGAUGAUAUGGAAAAGGUGGAGGAAGCCAGCCUCAAAUGGCCCCAAUCGGAUAAAUGA